AAGUAGAUGAAUAGUCAAAGGACAUGGCGGCUACGUUGUGGUGGUCUACGCAUUGAGUCUCUGACUGAAGACCAGAGAAACUUCUCAAAUUCCUAUACUCUUCUCUUCCAUUAAUCUAUCUAUAUACCCCCACUCCCUCUGCAGAUCCGUCACUACCACGAGAAUCCAAAAAUGGAGCCCGAUGAGAAAAAAGCAAUGAUUCGCGAUAUCGCGCUACAAGUCUUCGUCAUCUCCAUCGCCAUCGUCUCCUUCCUCUGGAUGCACGGCAUUCCCCAGCGCCUCUAUGCCAAGCUCCGCCACCGUCCCCCAAACCCACGCGCCGUCCAAGCGAAAAGUCAUUUCGUCAAAGGCGCGCAACUCGUCUCGCAAGCCAGAAGAUCCAAAAACGCCUCCGUCACAGUCUCCCUCGCUAAACAGGCUCUAGAGGAAGCCGAGAAGGCCAUCGCGCUGGAUCCUAAGGACGCCGCCUCGCACUUCUUGAAGUCCAUGGCGCUCGAUCUCCAGGGCUUCCGUAGCAACGCGCUGGACGCGCUGGACGCCGCGCUGUCUCCGCUGGCCGCGGCGUCGCUGGCGGCCGACGAGAGAGGCGACGCACUGCUGAAGAGAGCGGAGCUGAAGAUCUCGUUGAGCAAGAAGCGCGUUGACUCGGUGCUGGCGGAUUUGAACGAGUCAGUGAAGCUGAGUCCCCGGAACCCGAAAGCGUGGUGCAUGCUGGGAGAGUGUUAUGAGGGAAAUGAUAUGGGAGAGGAAGCGAAGAAGGCUUAUAAAGAGGCUCUCCAAUUGGAGCCACAAUCGGACGUGGCUCAGGAAGCUCUCAACAGGUUGGGUUCGUAGUAGCGUUCGCUAUCGAAUCAAAGGUUUGAGAUGAUAUCGCUUUGCUUGUUGUAUGUUUGUUAUCAAUAUCGUUGUUUAUAGUCUUCGAUCAUGGAUACCGUGAUUGGAUGUUAAGUGUGAGCACUUGCAUCAAUAAUGAUUUUCUCCGAAGAAUUUCAAUUC